AUGACAAGAAUUUUUGCUGGACGCAAUCUUAUUACUGACGGAGUCUCAGUUGUCAAAUUCAGUGUCAAGCAGAAGAGCUAUGAAGCUGCAAGAGAAGCACUGGGUCAAGUCCUACACACUUUGCAGGAUUUCUAUAGCCAUAGCAAUUGGGUUGAACUGGGAAAGACACAACCCUAUUCCAACCUGAUUAAACCAGACACUCUAAUCAGCAACUUAGCAGAUUCUGAUACAUGCAGAAAAUGUACAGAUAGUGUCUGUGUAGGAAAUAUUCUGGAGGAGGUCAUUGCACAGCAGAAGCUAACAUCUGGAUACUUUGGCUUUAGCAAACCAAAAGGAAAGUGCAGUCACGGAGGAGAAUUUGAUCCAUCAAGCGGGGAAGGAGGCAUAAAUAAAGAUUCUACAAGUGCCAGUCAUGGAUAUCUACAUGACACGGCAGCAUCACUAGCCACGGCUGCGACCAAAGAACUACUGCAGGACAUUAGAGCAGCAGUUGGAGAUUCUGAGUUUCUUAGAAUGUUGGGACUUAGCCAGAACUUGGUGCUUUGUUUUGUUAUCGACACCACUAGCAGCAUGUCUAAAGACAUUGCCGAAGUCAGGAAGGUUACUUCAUCCAUCAUUGACAGUACAACAGGAGCUGCAGCUAAAAGUUCUGAAUACAUCCUGGUACCAUUUAAUGACCCUGGUUUUGGCCCAUUAAUGAGAACUAGUGAUCCUACUGUGUUUAAACAGCAACUCGAUGCACUUACAGCUUCUGAUGGAGGAGAUGUUCCUGAAAUGAGUCUCUCAGCACUCCAGCUCGCCCUCACUGGAUCUCCACCACAGACAAAUAUUUUUGUCUUCACUGAUGCUGAUGCAAAAGAUAAAGGGUUAAAAAAUACUUUGCAAGCACUGAUUGAGAGAACAAAGUCUGUCGUGACUUUCAUGCUAACCAACACCACAGAUAGCCAACAACAGCAAGUCCCCGCUCAGAUUUUCAACCCACAGAUCUACCAAGAUCUGUCUCAGGCCUCUGGGGGACAGGCUAUUGAGGUCACCAAAGAAACACUGUCCCAAGCUACAGAUAUCAUUGCAGUUACCUCCAAAUCUACAAUGGUCACACUACUCCAGGCUGUAAGAAACACAGGAAAAACCGAAAGCUUCUCAUUCAUUGUGGAUUCUACAAUGCAAAACCUGGUCAUUUACAUCACAGGAAACUCUCUAGAUUACACCCUCACUAGUCCUGCAGGAGUCUCACAGAGCAGCACUGAACUGAAUGGGAAUUUGGGGAUCAUUCAGAAAGUUGGUAACUUUCAUACAGUGCAACCAAAUGUUGCAGACCAGACUGGACUGUGGGUCUUAAAAAUGAAUUCAAACCAACCCUACAGCAUCAGAGUUGUUGGUCAAAGUGUGGUUGACUUCCUCUUUGCAUUUGUGAAUGCUUCUCAAGGUCUUCAUACAAGCUAUGUUGAAUUAAACACCAGGCCUUCAGCAAACACCGUCACCUUGUUGCUCACUUUGGUCGGUCUGGACAGUGGGAGUCCUACAGAGGUGUCACUGGUGGAAGCCUCGAGUUCAAACUCUUUUACUGGGACACUAGAAGAGGUAGCUAGUGGACAAUACUUGGUGACCUUCACCAGCAUCCCAGCAGGAAAGUUCACUGUUCGGGUUUUGGGAAAGCUCAGUUCAACUAAAGCUUCAGACAGCACCUUUCAGAGACAGACACCAACUCAGUUCCAAACAUCAAAUUUGACUAUUACGACUCAACCUGUUGGAACAGUGGCACCGGGAAAACAAUUGACUCUGCCUUUCACAGUCACCACCACAGGCUCUGGAAAAAGCCUUAAUAUCGGCAUCAGCAAUGAUAGAAAUUUUGCCGCUAGCUUUAACACGUCCUUAACCCUCGAUACUGGAGGCAGUGCAAAUGGCACAGUAACUCUGACUGUUCCUGAAACUACUUCCUCUGGAACUGAUGUCACUGUGAUAAUUGAAGCUGAAGUUCCAAAUGGAAGCGAUUUCAAUUACGCCGUGCUGCGCAUUGCUAUUGUUGCUCCGGUAACCGAUAUUUUUCCACCGAUAUGUGAGGCAGUUAGCAUAUAUAGCAACUGCUCAGGAAACUGCAGCUUCUCCUCAUGGUACCUCACUGCCAACAUCACUGAUUGGUCAGGUGUUCAGAAAGUGAGAACUCUGAAGGGAAACGGCAACCUCGACACCACCAGUGUUCUCAAUGCCACUGGCGUGAACGUCACGACGGCAGUCUACAGCGCCUCUUGCUGCUACCAAGACUUGGAAUUAGUUGCGGUGGAUACAGUGGGAAAUGUUGCAACCUGCUUCAAAUCUGCCUCACCAAGCAUCCUGAGUUAUGGUGCAGAAUUUUGCUUGUUUUUACCCAUCUGUUUUUGGCUUAACGUAGGAGUCUCAUUUUACCGAUUCAUGCAGCUCUAAGAAGAAAUCAGUUUAUCAGAAUACAAAAAUAAGUAUAUAUGGGUCUACAUUAUAUCCUAAAUCCUGAAAAUAUAAAUUAACAAAAUCAUAAAGUAUUUUGCCUUCUGAAUGUAUUAGUGUUUUAUUGACGGGUCUGCUUUGACUGUAUGUUAUGUAAAUAAUUAAACACCAACGCACUUGGUAACCCUUAAGAAGGUUUUUACAUGCAAAAAAGUAACAUUUUGAAACAUAACUGCAUUGCUAGGUAAUGUCAUGCAUAAGCAAAACAUUCAUCAAUUACUAUUAUGGACAAAAAUCAGGGUUCCAAGUUAUUUAGCAUUGGUACAGCAUUCAUAUUAUUAAUAGUUGUCUUUUUAUUGUUAUUUUUCUUUCUAGCCCUUGAAUUUAAUUAUUAUAUCAUACAACCAAACUGUUUUGUUUUUCCUUUGCUUUCUAAACUAUACCUUGAUUACUAUUGAUUGCUUUGACAACCUUUUCACUUUCUACAUGCAUU